AUGAGUCCUCUUAUUCUUGUUCUUUCACUGUCUUGCUUCUUGUCAAGUGUCUCUCUGGCUCAGGAAAGAGCUUUCUUUUCCGGCGACCUCAGUGAUUCUCAGACGAUAGUCUCCGGCUUCCGUACGUUCAGGUUCGGUUUCUUCAGCCCUGUUAACUCCUCUAGUCGGUAUGCGGGUAUAUGGUACAACGGCAUUCCUGAACAAACUGUGAUAUGGGUUGCUAACAAAGAUAAGCCGAUCAACGACUCCUCUGCAGUUAUUUCGGUGUCUGAAGAUGGAAACCUCGUAGUUACUGAUGGUCAGAGGCGUGUUCUAUGGUCAACUAACUUCACUACUCAAGUUCGCGGCAAUUCUACUGUAGUUGAGCUUUUGGAUUCGGGGAACCUCGUGCUAAAAGAUGUAAAUACGAAUGCAUAUCUUUGGGAGAGUUUCAAGCAUCCUACUGAUUCUUGGCUGCCUAAUAUGUUGGUUGAGACAAACACAAGAACCGGAGGAAGGAGCAUCACAAUAACUUCUUGGAAAACUCCUUCAGAUCCUUCUCCAGGUAGCUACACUGCUGCACUUAUUCUUUCUGCAUAUCCAGAGCUCUACAUUUUCAACAACAAGAAGAAUAAUGCUACGGUGUGGCGCAGUGGCCCGUGGAAUGGCCAGAUGUUUAACGGUCUACCAGAUAAGUAUGCGGGGGUCUUUCUCUACAAGUUCAUGGUUAAUCAUGAUACCGAUGGAUCAGUCACAAUGUCAUAUGCUAAUGAUUCGACUUUAAGAUACUUCUACUUGGAUUACAGAGGAUAUGUGAUCAGGAGAGAUUGGAGUGAGGUUGAGAGAAAGUGGAUGGUCGGUGACCAAGUCCCUGCAACCGAAUGUGAUAUUUACAGAAGAUGUGGUGAAUUCGCUUCCUGUGAUCACCGGAAAACCAGGCCUUGUUCUUGCAUUAGAGGGUUUAUGCCAAGGAACCUCAUGGAGUGGAACAAUGGAAACUGGAGUGGUGGGUGCAUUAGAAAGGUCCCUUUGCAGUGUGAAAGACAGAACAGUAAUGGAAGUGCGGAUGGGUUUCUGAGGCUAAGGCGAAUGAAACUGCCUGACUUUGCAAGAAGGUCGGAAGCUAGUGAACCAGAGUGCUUAAGGACUUGUUUGCAGACAUGUUCUUGUAUAGCUUGUGCUCAUGGCUUAGGUUAUGGUUGCAUGAUUUGGAAUGGAAGCUUAGUUGACUCACAGGAGUUGUCUGCUAGUGAAAUGGAUCUUCAUGGGAAGUUGCAAGACGGGCAAGAGAUUGCCGUGAAGAGACUGUCACGAGCAUCUGGACAAGGGCUUGAAGAACUUGUUAAUGAAGUGGUUGUGAUUUCUAAGCUGCAACACCGGAAUCUUGUGAAGUUACUUGGUUGUUGCAUUGCAGGAGAAGAAAGGAUGUUAGUCUAUGAGUUCAUGCCUAAUAAAAGCUUAGACUAUUAUCUAUUUGACCCUACAAAGGCAAAACUUCUUGACUGGAAGACAAGGUUUAGCAUAAUCAAUGGAAUAUGCAGAGGUCUCUUGUAUCUUCACAGAGAUUCUAGGCUUAGAAUCAUUCACAGAGACCUAAAAGCUAGCAACAUCUUGUUAGAUGAGAAUAUGAUUCCGAAAAUAUCUGAUUUCGGGUUGGCCAAGAUUUUCACAGGGAGUGAAGAUGAAGCAAACACCCGAAGGGUCGUAGGAACAUACGGCUAUAUGUCACCGGAAUAUGCAAUGAGAGGACGGUUUUCAGAGAAAUCUGAUGUUUUCAGCUUAGGUGUUAUACUCUUAGAGUUUGUCAGUGGAAGAAGAAACUCGAACUCGACUCUUUUACCUGAUGCAUGGUCGAUCUGGAACGAAGGAGAGAUUAAUGCUCUAGUGGAUCCUGAGAUCUUUGACCCACUCUUUGAGAGAGAAAUACAGAAAUGUGUUCACAUUGGGCUUUUGUGUGUGCAAGAAGCUGCUUAUAAUAGGCCAAGUGUUGCUACAGUGUGUUCGAUGCUCAGCAGCGAGAUUGCAGACAUUCCACAACCGAAACAGCAUGCUUUUAUAUCAAGGAACGGUGUCUCAGAAGCAGAGUCCAAUGAGAACAGUGAGCUUAAAGCAUCUAUCAAUGGUGUCACCAUCACCGAUGUCUCAGGACGUUAG